AUGGGCAUCUACGUGAAGUCCAUCACGCCAGACUCAGCGGCUUCGCGGGCGGAUGUUUUGGUUGGCGACAGAAUUCUCGCCAUCAACGGCACCGAUCUCACGGCCUUAACCUUCAAAGAGUCGUGCGACCUUCUGAAAGAGAGCCUUCACCGUGUGACCUUGACCAUUCAAAGAGGCCUCGUCGAGAACCCCGAUGACCUCCUCUUCACGUAG